GUGAAGCUGCGGGCGCGUGCACGCUGAGCUCGCUCGCGACAACUUGGUGCGUAAUUGGCGCGCGGCUUCGCCCCUCAGCAAGGCAGGGGGAAGGUGUGCUCCCUGUAGCCCACAUACAUGUUCCGUUUUCAGUCUUUGGAUGAGGAUUGUACCCUGGAGGAGGAAGAGGGACUCGUUGAAGAAGAGGAUGAGAUUGACCAGUUCAAUGACGACACUUUUGGAGCAGGGGCAAUUGAUGAUGACUGGCAGGAGGAGCAUGCCCGCCUGGCAGAGCUCGAUGAACGAGACAAAGAUGCUGCUUCCAUGCACCUCCCCGCCUCCACUUCCCAAGAUUCCCUGACAAAAACUCCAGCCCCUCCACCCUCAGCCCCCCCUCCAGGUCUGGAAGAUCAAGGGGGUGGCGGGGACCUGGCAGAAUCCCUGGCCCGGCUGAUCCUAGGGGCGGACCCGGCGAUCGCUGGGGUGGGGACGGUGAAAAUGUCCGAUAGAGUGGCGCAGCCUCAGCCACCACCGUCGGGUCUCCAGCUGCAGCCCCAUUCGCUGCUCAGUUACCAGCAGCAGUCGCAGUCACAGCACCUGCUGCACCGAGGAACAGCGCCCAUGCAGAUGAACUCGCGCAGCAUCUGGGAGAGUGUUGGAUUCGGCCCAGUCAGUGUUACACCUGGACUCGCACCACAUAUGGAGGACAGUUCUCUGGCGUCCAUCAUGAAGGAGGUUGGGCUGCCCAAGAAACCGGCAACGAUGAGGAGCGAUGAAAGGCGAGAUCUCUCAGAGCGAGUCCCCCCGCCUCGCUCCUGCUCACCUGUGAUAGGGAGUCCCCCUGUGAGGGCGGCGCCCAUUGGGACUCCUCCCAAGCCACCCAUGAGCCACCCCCUCAAUCAGCAGAUCCACUGCCCCACAGCGGUACACGUGCGAGCUCCAGUACAACACCGAUACCCCCCUCCCUACCCUGAACGCCUCUCCCCCAACACCCUUCUCAACAUUGCUAACUCUCCCCUGUGUCGCCCCCCAUUCCCUGCUGGGGUGGGUCCCGUCCUCUCCCAGAUCCAGCGGGCUCAGCUGCUGAAUUCCCAGGUGCGUUCUGCCCGAUUCUGUGUGCCACCGCUUCCACAGGUGGGGCCAUUCCCCAGGGGUGCACCUGCUCCUCCUCUUUUACAUAGUGGCGGUGGUGGCUUUCGGCCAUUUUUCGGGCAACCCCCCCCAAGGGUGGGGCCCCUCCCUCCUCCAAACCAUGGCUCGAUUCGGCACAACACCACACACCUACACCCUCAGCACCGGAGGCUUCUCACCCAGAGGCUGCAAAACAGGAGUGACCGAGGCGGCCGCACAGGUGAGCACAGGAACAGGGACCCCUACAGUAACCUGAUGACGCAACGUGAGAAGGACUGGGUGGCCCGCAUACAGAUGAUGCAGCUGCAGAGCACUGACCCCUACUUGGAUGACUACUACUACCAGAACUAUUACGAGAAGAUGGAAAAGAGGCAGGAGACGGAGCGCGACAGCUCCAAGAAGGAGCACACGACGAAGCUGAUCACGCCGCAGGUGGCUAAGCUGGAGCACACCUACAGGCCAGUGCAAUUUGCUGGCUCUCUGGGAAAGCUAACGGUCUCUAGCGUGAACAACCCCAGGAAGAUGAUUGACGCCGUGGUGACAAGUCGCACGGAUGACGAGGAGAAGAGGGAGAAGCAGGUGUGGAACAAGAGGAGACAGAUUCUCUACACCGUGGAGAAGAUGUAUAGUCUGCUGCUGGAGGUACAAGACUUUGAGAAGAAGUUCAUCCAGACACCCGAGGAGCAGAGGGACGCUCUGCUGGAACAGCACAAGAGUCACACGGUGCAGCUGUACAACACGCUGCGGGAACGCGAGUGGGAUGAUAGGGUCAGUGAUGAGCAGUGUUUGAUGAUCAUGUCUGUGAGGAAAGGGAAGCGUCUGGUCUCCAGGCUCCUUCCCUUCUUGCCCCAGCCACAGGCUGCUGCUGUUAUUAUGGCGAUUGCCCGGAACCUACCUGCUCUGGCAAAGAAAGACAAGCAAGACCAGGUUCUGUGCUGGCUGGUGGAGCCUGUUGCUGCAGUGAUCCAGUCCAUGUCCAGUUCUGCCCUCACUGACCUGCUGCAGGAACUCCAGGGCAGCGAGGGCCAACUGCCCCGUGUCCUGCAAAACAAGUUUGGUGUGACCCUGCUGUACCUUAUCCUGAGCGAGGGUGAGCGCAUGCAGAGCUCUGACACCAACUGCCAGCUCAUGGAUGACAAUCGAUGGACAGAGCUGGUGUUCUCGGUCACGCGGAAGCUGCUCGAGGUGCCCCCCGCAUCCCUUUCUCCUCCCCUGUUCACUCCGCCCAAUCUGCUGUCCCUCUUCUCCCGCUAUGUGGAUCGGCAGAGACUGGAGCAGCUGCAGGAGAAGCUACAGAUCUCUGCUCUGUCCAGGUAGAAGUGACUUCACGACAUCCUUAAAACCCCACUGAAGAGUGACUGUUCCUCAUUGUAUCUGUGUGUGUGUGUGUGUGUGUGUGUGUGUGUGUGUGUGUGUGUGUGUGUGAGAGAGAUGGUUGAAGCUUAGUAGUCAUUUUAAUCCAACCCAAGAAAUUGUCCUUUUUUUUCCUGUGUUAAGUAGGGUGGGUGUGUGUGUGUGUCUGUGUGCGCAUGUGUGGGAAAUGAAAGAAGCUCUAAUGGGAGAAUAGAAUGAAAUGUUUUUAAAUUCCUUUGUUAUCUUGAUGCCUGUGAAAAAUGUCAAAUUAAA